AUGAUUGAUUAUUCAUACCUAGCUCCACCAAAAGAGGCCAAUGAUAUUGUUCAUUCUAGUAUAGAAUACAGAUUUUUGAUUUUUAGACCAUUAUAUUAAACAUCAAGAGUAAGAGUAGGGAGUUAGGAAAAUAUACGAAACAGUUGUUUAUGAUUAGUUUGAAAUAGAAAAGGUGAAGGAACUUAAGGAAGAGAUAAAAAAAUAGAAAAUAAUACUCUCUUCUGAGUAAAAAUAUUAGUAUAUAAGUUUAGUUGGAAAGAAAGCGAUUAUUUAAGAAUAAGUUAUGCUGGAAGAUUUGAUAAAAAGACAGUGAUAAAAGUAUACUGUUGUUUAUAAACAAGAAACUACAAUAACAUAUAGCUUGGAGAUGUAAUAAGAUUUAUCAUGAAAUCAACUCUCAUUCAGAGUAAUUUUUGAAAGAAGGAAUCUGUUAUCUUUUGGGUAGAGAUAAAUAAUAUAGACCAAUUGUAAUACUUAAUGCCCAUUUAAUUGAUUAAAAAAAAGUAUAUCAUUCAUUUAUUAUAUAAUUAGCAUGAUAAAGAAUAAAUCUUUUAAGCUUUAUCAUUUCUAUUAGGAAUAGUCAAAAAAAAUAUGUUUGUUCCAGGAAAGGUUGAAACUUGGAACUUUAUAUUAGAGACCAAUAAUCUAGGAGGUUAAGGUUUGUAAUAAAAAGUCUUAGAGAUAUUAAUUGAUAAUUUGAGUACUAAUUUUUCAGGUUAUCUUGAAAGAAUGUUUAUUUUGAAUCCAUCUAGUGGGAUCAAUUUUUUAUGGCAAUAAAUUUAAACAUUUUUAGACUAAUAAACAAUUAAUAAAAUUGCUUUACUCUAAUAAAAAGAAAUUAAAUAAUUAAAAGAAUUUAUUGAACCAAAUUAAUUAGAAGAAAAAUUUGGUGGUAAUCAACCUAAUUUAAUAAAAUUUUGGUAUUAAUCUAUUUGAUAAUUUUAGGCCACCUUAUAAUUUAGAUUUAUCUGAUGGAUAUACAAAAUAGGAUAAUAAAUCUACUUAAAAAUAGGAAUUGAAAUUAUAAAAUAUAAAAAUAGAAGAAGAAGAAGAAAAUGAUCCAUAUGAUUAAGUAGAAUUUAAUUUAAAUGAUUUUAUGAAAUAGUAACAAUAGAUUUAUUAUUGUAUUACUAAUAAAAUGGAAUAAUAAAUUCAAGAAGAUGACAAAGUUGAAAUUCAACAAAAAGAAUAAUCAUAACCAGAUUCUCAAUAAGAAUCUAAACAUCAACAUAAUAUAUCUUAAUAAAAUCAUUAAAAACCUAUUUUAGAUGAACCUGAAUAACCAGAAUUAUAACAAUAAAAAUUUACUCAUGAAGAGGAGAAAAAAUAAAAUAUUCUUUAAAAUAAUGAAAUUAAAGAAAGUACUGAGUAAGUUAUUUUAACAGAAAGAUAAAAAAAUUAUUAAUAAUAAGGAAAUGAUACAGAAUAAAAUAAGUUAUAGUCUCAUGAUGAAUAAGGAUUUAAUUCAACUGGAAAUAAAUUGAAUGAGGAAAGCAAUGGAGAAAAUAUACACAUUUAACGUUUGGAUCCAGUAAAUAAUGACAAAGGAUGUUGUUCCAAAUGUGAAAUAUUUUGA